GCUUUCUGGCUGUUUUCAGGCUGUUUCAGGCUGUUUCUGGAUGUUUUGCAGGAGACUGCUGGCUGCUGGCUGCCAUUGGUUCUCUGACUCUGACUGACCGCCUGCUGCACCGCGUCGUUCCCCACGGUCAGGCCUUCAGCCGCGACUACGCCGGCAUCUUCCACUUCCAGUUCUGGCAGUUUGGGGAGUGGGUGGACGUGGUGAUUGACGACCGUCUGCCGGUUAAAGAUGGAGAGCUGCUGUUCGUCCACUCGGCGGAGGGGAGGGAGUUCUGGAGCGCUCUGCUGGAGAAAGCCUACGCCAAGUAAGACCUGUCUGUCUGUCUGCCUGUC